AUGGAUUUAAUAACACUCGAUAUCUCAUUAUUAGUUCGAUUUCAUAUGAAUUCGACGAUACAAGAACUUGUUGAUAAGUUGAUGGUUGAAGAAUGGACUAACUCAACAAUAUAUGAUGGUUAUUAUAAUGAAUGUCAACCAUCGAAAUGUAGUUACAGUCAUGAAACAAAGAAUGGUUUAAUCUAUAUAAUAACGACAGUGAUUGGACUAGUUGGAGGACUAAUAACAGUACUAAAACUGAUCAUACCACGAGCAGUUCGAUUUAUUAUGUUUUGUAUUCAAAGAUGUACAGUAAAACGUAACGCUGUGGUGCCAUUUAUUCAAACAUAA